CAUGUACCCUCUGUGCGUGUUCUUGCGGAGGCUUAUAUGUAUGGAAACUUCUCGACGCCGCCCAACGGUAAGAUAUCUCUCCAGUUCUACGAGCAGUUGCGUGACCUAGCGCCAUCCAGCGAUGUUUACUACAUGUUGGGCUUCAUAUACGCAACGGGCCUCUUUGGCGAGGUUGAGGUGGACCAGGCACGCGCGACGAUGUACUACAAUGUGGCGAGUGACCUCGGGUGUGUGCGCUCCACGAUGGCGCUCGCGUACCGCUACAAGACAGGUAUUGCGGUGGAGAAGAACUGCGGCUUGGCAAUGCAUUACUACGGGAUCGUCGCGAACCGGUCCGCGGAGUACAUUGCAAAGUCUGCAAUCGGUGGACCGAAUCUUGACUACUUUGCACUCCGUGUUGCGGAUCUCCAGGGCGGCAUUUUCGGCCAGGGCGCGACCGAGACGAUUACCUCUAUCAGCCGGAGUCUCGUGGAAACAGGUUAUGAUAAGGACCUCUUCAACCGUAUCCAGGUCGACAUCGAUGAGACCGAGUACACCGCGGCGUACCAUGCGGGUAUGAGCUUAUACGACAGUACGUACUUUACUGCACGCGAUUACGUGGGCGCGUACGCGAAGUUCGACCAGUGCGCACGCGACGGACGGGCGUACAUCAACCGUGUGCGUACACCGGACCAAGUGGAGAAGUUGUUCAUCGGCCGCUGCGCCUACAUGGUGGGCCACAUGCGCCUCCGCGGUGAAGGAACUACCCAAGACUACAACGAGGCAAAGGACUGGCUCAACUUUGCGGUGGCGACCAUCGGGUCGCCCAAGGCGGCAAUUGACCUUGCGUUAAUACACGAGUACGGCCUUGGUGAUACACCAAAGAAUGCCAAGACCGCCGAACUUUUCUACACCAAUGCGCUCAAAGCAAAGGAGUACAGUGCGGGUGUCCACUUGGCGAAAUUCUUUCUCCGGCGGGACGACACCAAGAAUGGCGCGGAUCUUUUGCACCGCGCGGCGUUGGCAUCCAACUCCGAGGCGUGGUACCACUUGGGCAAGUUGUACGAGCGGGGUAUCAAGGUGCAGAAUAACUGCGAAGAUACUACGUACAUUUUCAAGGUGUUUUCUGAGAGCAUCGAGCCGGUGGUGGCGCGCUUGGACUGGGCGUUCCGUGAGUUAACGUGCGGUCGUUUUUUUAAUGCAUUACUUGGAUAUGCGAUGGCUGCGGAGCAAGGUUAUGAGACGGCCCAGGCAAGUGUCGCAUAUCUCUUGUACCAACCGCCGUCUGUGAUGACAGCCAACUUCGGGGCUAACUCGUCUGUAAGUGCAGAGAUGGUCAAGCUCGCGGCGUUGUACUAUGCCCGCUCAUCUGAGCAGGGAAACGUGGAUUCCACGAUUGUUGCGGGCAACAUCUACUUCUCGGGCCUUGCGAGCGAGGACGGCGCGCCUGACUAUGACGGUGCGGCCGUGCGCUACCAAAUUGCGUCCAAGAAGCGCAGCUCGCAGGCCACAUGGAACUUAGGCUACAUGUACGAGCGCGGCCUCGGAGUCCCCCAGGACUUCCACUUGGCGAAGCGGUAUUAUGACUUGGCGUUGGUGAUGAAUCCCAGCGCCUACGUUCCUGUGAAGGCAGCCGUGCUCAAGUUGCACGCGCGGAGCUGGUACAACAAA